AUGAAUAAUCGGAUGCAAGAAUCACUUCAGCUAUUCAAACAAGUUUGUAAUAAUCGAUAUUUUGUUGAGACAAAUGUUAUUUUAUUUCUAAAUAAAAAAGAUUUAUUUAUGGAGAAAAUUGGUAAGGGUCGAUCGCUGAAGAUUGCCUUUCCUGACUACAACGGUCCCGAGACAUAUGAGGCAUGUUCGAAGUUCAUUGAGAAGAAAUUUUUCAUGGCUAAUGAAGUACCGAAUAAGUCGAUUUAUUGCCAUCAUACCUGUGCGACAGAUACACAACAAGUGCAGUUCGUAUUGGACAGUGUUUUGGAUACGAUUUUAUCGAGUAAAUUGAAAGGAUGUGGUCUUUAUUAA